AUUACUAACAAAUUGAAAUGAGAAAAGCAGAAGACAAUUUUAUAGGUUAACUCUAGUUUAAUUCUCUCUCAAAGUAUUUUAUUUUGUUAUUCUAUAAUCAGGUUAUUAUUAAUAUAAAGGAUAUGUGGCAAUUCAAUUUCCCAAUAUAAAAUAAACCUAUCAACUACAUUAUUUCCAGUAAUUUAUGUUCCAGUAUAAUUUCUAAUACACUGCCGGGUUUGAAUUUCAUACAUGAUGUUCUCCAACUCCAUUCGACGAUUAGCCUGUCAAGUGCCUAAUAAUUUUUUCUUCUCUAGAGUAAGUUUUAUCGGAACAACGCAAUCCUUGUCUUGUCAACAAGAAGGAGCUGCAUUGCCAGUAAAGAAGAGGUUUCAGUACCCAAGUACUCCCAAACUAAGAUACCCGCUGUGGUAUUUGAAACAGGAACGAGUUAAAUAUAAUGAACGCUUGACUGAUGAAAAUAAGGCGUUCAUUAAAGAGAUAGUUCAUGACAAGUACGGGCCUCCUGCUAUCAUCAGUGGCAUUCCAUCCUACCAGCUGAACAGUCCGUUGAAGACAGAGCCGUUUGCAAGGGGAGAGUGGUCAACGAAUACCAGGAGAUGCGGUCUCAUAGCCAGGAAAAUUGGAGUCUAUCCAAUGUGGGACAAAGAAGGAAAUAAAUUUUUGACCACACUGCUGCAGGUUGUCGAUAAUCAUGUUGUCAAGUAUAUUCCUCCAGAAGAAUAUAAGCCUAUACUGAGAGUGAAUAGGUACCUCCGACCUAACAAAUAUGGCUGCUUAGUUGUCGGAGCAGAAAGUAUGGACCCACAAAAUUACACAAAACAAUAUACGGGUCUGUUCAGUGAGGCGGGUCUGAUGCCGAAGAGAGUAUUGACUCGCUUUCAUGUGUCACCAGAGGCGGCCAUUCAGCCGGGAACGCCCCUCUACGCCACUCAUUACAGACCCGGUGAUGUCAUCGAUGUCAGAGCAAAAACGAUAGACAGAGGGUUCCAAGGAGUGAUGAGGCGGUGGGGCUUCAAGGGACUGCCGGCCACUCACGGCGUCACCAAGAGCCAUCGACGGGGCGGCUGCAUCGGCGGCGGGUCUAAGAAAGCCGGCGUCUGGAAGGGCAAGAAGAUGCCCGGUCACAUGGGAAACAGGAUGCGCAUUCUCAAGGGAUUGAAGAUAUGGAGAAUUAAUACGAAAUACAACGUACUUUACGUGGAAGGCCCAGCAGUUCCUGGUGAAUGCAACUCAAUCGUCUACAUCUAUGAUACUAUUCUUCCUUUGAGAAAAACGUACACCAAGCCAGCUGCAUUCCCAACGCAUUAUCCUGAGGAGGACGAGACGCCUUUCCCCGAAGAUUUGUAUGAUGAAGAAGCGCAUAACCUUGAAGCACCCACUAUAUUCUUCGAGGAAGAAAAGUAGAUAUUUGUUCUCUGUAGCUGUAAGAAAAUUUUGUAAAUAAAUAUGUUUGACUUUGAAGCAA